ACAAGGUGGCCUGCUGAACUGUGCUCUAUGGGCGAAACGCUGCGUCGGGACCUACACUCAAAUUUCAACUGACUCAAAGUGCAGCUGGCAGCAGAAUUCCCCAAACAGGCCCCGAGUAUGGCUGCAUAGGCAAUUGAUUUCGAUAUCAGCACAAUGGAUAAACAUGCGGUGGGGUCUGCUGGCUUGGCACGAGCUGUAGCCCAGGGCACCUCGGGCGUCGGGCUUGCAAAAGAGCAGCAGCAUGGUCGGGGCGGUCUCAAGGCGUCUCAGCUACAGCAAGUGGUAGCGCGGGGUCGCGAGGUCCGGCCGCUCGGCGAGAGCAACAUCCCAAACCAAGCAGGUCGGCCCGGCAUUCAGGCACAGCAGCAGCAGAACCACCCUCGGGCACAGCCGGCCGCGGUUCAGCAAGCAAACGUGCAGCGUGCACCGCCCAAAACGGCGCCGGGAGUUGCUCGUUACGUGCCCGGCCCCGCCCCUGCGGCUGCAGCUCCCGCUCCCGCUCCGUUGGAAGACAUCGACCUCCCAGACUUCGACUGGCAGGACAUGGCUCGGUACUUGAAGGAGCAGCAGCUCGAGAGGCGCCAGAAAAGUAAGGGCUCGCGCGCCAAGUUUGUUUACAACAGCUAUGGCGAACCCGUCACGGUGCCGAGGGGCAAUGCACCUCCCGUGGCCGCCGGGGCGGCAGGCGCGGCCGCGGGCGCCGCGGGUGCGGGGCCGUCAGCGGCGGCGGCUGCCGCGGCUGCCGCCGCCGCUGCCGCCGCUGCGGCGGAUGACGCCGACGCCGGCCUGGGCGAUGGCGUGGAGGACAACUGCUUCUCCAACUUCGCCACCGACGAGCUGGAGGCUGCGGGGCUGCGCCCCCACCCCGACAAGAUCGCGGAGACCACCGCGCUGGCCAGCGUGCCAGUGCCACCCGUGUCGUACAAGAUGUCGCUACCCGUGCCCGUGCUGGCGUCCGGCAAGAUCUCGGCGGCCCAGUUCAUGGCUGUGCGGCAGGCGUGCGGCAGGCACGAGACACGGCUCAAGGACGGCUCGCGCGCGGGCUUCUUCCUGGGGGACGGCCCGGGCGUGGGCAAGGGCCGCCAGAUCGCGGCCGCCAUCCUGGAGAACUUCGCCAAGGGGCGGACCAAGGCGGUGUGGCUGUCCGCCUGCGGCGACCUGCUGCAUGACGUGCGGCGCGACCUGGCGGACAUUGGCGCGCUGGGGUACGAGGGCGUGCGGCUGCUGGACCUCAAGGCGGUCAAGGCGGGGCAGAGGGGGCUCAGCGGCCUGCCGGGCUGGGACAAGGGCAUUCUGUUCCUGACCUACGACCUGCUCAUCAGCGGGGAGGCGGGCAGGACCAAGCGCCGGGCCAGUGCGGCGGCGGCGGCGGCUCGCCGCGCCUUGGAGGCGGCUGUGGAGGGGGCGGCGGGCGGCAGUGGCGGCCAGUCGGGUGCGAGCAUGGCCGGCGGCAGCAUGGGGAAGACGCCGGAGGAGGAGGCGGAGGAGGAGUUCGGCGACGGCUCCCGGCUGGCUCAGCUGGUGGAGUGGUGCGGCGGGGCGGCCUUUGACGGCCUGCUGGUGCUGGACGAGUGCCACAAGGCUAAGAACUGCCUCCCCAAGGACGCUGAGACGUCCACGGGCACCAAGCUCACGCAGAAGGAGAGCAAGACCAGCCGGGCGGUGGUGGAGCUGCAGCGGCGCUGCCGCGACGCGCGGGUGCUGUACGUGAGCGCCACUGGGGCCACCGAGAGCGAGAACCUGUGCUACAUGGAGCGGCUGGGGCUGUGGGGCCCGGGCACCGCCUACCCGGGCAAGCAGCAGUUCGUGACCAUGCUCAAGACCUACGGCGUGCGCGCCAUGGAGCUGGUGGCUAUGGAGCUCAAACAGAACGGCUCCUACCUGGCCCGCACCCUCAGCUACGAGGGCGUCAAGUUCGAGAUGGCCCCGGUGCGCACCAGUGACGACUUCCGUGACAUGUACGACGGCGCGUGCGGCGUGUGGCAGCAGCUGCAGAAGGCGCUCAUGAGCAGCCAGGAGCUGGAGGGGAAGAGGCGCAAAGAGGGCAUGGGCCAGUUCUACGGCGCCCAGCUGCGCUUCUUCAAACAGCUGUGCACGGCCGGCAAGGUGGACGAGGUGGAGCGGCUGGCCAAGGAGGCGCUGGCCCGCGGGCAGUGCGUGGUGAUCGGGCUGCAGAGCACAGGCGAGUCCCGCACCGCCGCCUACGUGGCAGCCAACGGCGGCGCCGACACGGUGUUCGACUCGUUCAGCUUCGAGACCAGCGCGCAGGAGAUCCUGCUCAACCUCAUGCGCACCUACCUGCCGUCCAGCGCCGCCACCGACGAGCUGGAGGCCGCGGCCAAGAAGCUGAGGCUGCCCAAGAACCCGCUAGACGACCUGAUUCAGCGGCUGGGCGGUCCGGGCGCUGUGGCGGAGAUGACGGGCCGCAACAAGCGCAUGGAGGCGCAGGAGGGCGGCGGCUGGAAGUACGUGCCGCGCAACCACGGCUGCAGCAUGGACGCGGUGAACCUGCGUGAGAAGGAGCAGUUCCAGGCCGGCACCAAGCUGGUGGCCAUCAUCAGCGACGCCGCCUCCACAGGCAUCAGCCUGCAGGCCGACCGCUCCAAGCCCAACACGCGGCAGCGGGUGCACAUCACCCUGGAGCUGGCCUGGAGUGCCGACAAGACGGUGCAGCAGCUGGGCCGCUCCCACCGCUCCAACCAGGCGCAGCCGCCGCUGUACGUGCUGGUGUCCAGUGACGUGGCGGGGGAGCACCGCUUCGCAUCCGCAGUGGCGGCGCGACUGAUGCAGCUGGGCGCGCUGACGCACGGCGACCGCAACGCCGUCAGCGCAGUGGACGUGCUGUCGGGCAGCAACUUCCACACCACCUACGGCCCCCGCGCGCUGUCCAAGCUGUACCGCGUGUUUAAGGGCGUGCUGCCACACAGCGGCGACCUCAGCCCCCUGGCGGGCAUCACACCCGAGUGGCUCAGACUGCACCUGGCGGAGAGGGCGGAGGCGGCGGCGGCGGCGGCGGCGGCGCGAGCAGGAGGAGCGGGAGGUGGUGGGGCGGCGGCGGCAGGAGGAGGGGCGGCGGCGGAGGGGCCGCCGGCCGGGUGGGAGGUGAACGGGCGGCUGUGGGCGGCGGAGCGCACGACGCAGAUGCAGUCCUUCAUCGCCGAGGCUGUUCAUGAGCUGGAGGCGGUGGGGCUGCUGCGGGAGGACGGCGAGGGCGGGCUGGCGGUCACAGGCGCCAUGAUGAAGGACAAGGCCGAGGGCGCCGGCAACAUGGGCGGCGUGAACCGGCUGCUGAACCGGCUGCUGGGCGUGCGGGUGGACAUGCAGCGCCGCAUCUUCCAGUACUUCACAGCGCUGCUGGACUUUGAGGUUCAGGAGGCCAAGCGCGCCGGCACCUACGAGAGCGGCAUCGUGCGGCCCACGUGCGGCGAGAUCCGGCUCAAGGGCCGCGAGACCAUCUACAUGAACCCCGACUCCCGCAUCACCACCAGCCACUUUGAGUUCAGCACGGACCGCGGAGUGAGCUGGGAGGCGGCGCUGCGCAUCUACGAGAAGGAGCUGGCUGACGACUCCGACACGCACACCAAGUUCGUGUACAACCAAAACGCCCAGAACGACAUGAUCUACGUGGCGCUGGCCAUUGAGCGCAACGAGCGCGGGCGCAAGGUGCAGGGCCGCGGCCGCGCCCGCACCGCCCUGCCCAGCUACUUUCGCCUGGUGCGGCCGGGCACUGGGUACGCCGCCACCGACAUCGACCGAGACACGCUGCGGUCUCGCGGCUACCGGCCCGUGUCGGACGACCGCAUCCGCGGCACAUGGCUCAAGACCCGCUGGAAGGAGGAGUACAACCGCAACGCCGCCAAGCGGCAGCAGCCGCUGCACCUGGUCAGCGGCUCACUGCUGCCGCUGCUGCCCACACUGGACGCGGUCAUGAAGGGCGGCGGCGGCAUGCGCGGUCGCCAAGGGCUCCAGGUCAUGCGUGUGUGCGCCAGCGACGGCAGCGGCCUGCAGGUCCUGGGCAUCCACGUGGAGGGCCACCGGGCUGCUGACGUGGUGGGCCGCGUCAAGGCGCUGCAGCCCUACAAGCCCUGGCAGCUGGCGGAGGCGGCGGCGGGCAGGGCGGUGGAGCCAGACAAGGACAAGCCGGACGCUCCGGCCGCCGGCGCCGUCGCCACUGCGGCUGGCGGCGGCGCUGCCACCAAGCCGGCGGCGGCUGGAGCAACGUUGACGGCGGCGGACGACUCGGACGGCGGCGAUGCGGCCCUGCCCGGUGCCGAGCGUGGCGAGGAGGGCGACGAUGACGACUUCAUUGAUGAUGGCGAGGAGGCGGAGGAGGCGAAGGAGCGGCGGCGCAAGCGCGCCGCGGCGGCGGCGGCGCGGCGUAAGCAGCAGCGUGGCAAGGACGACGGCGACGGCGGCGCGACCAAGCGGCGGCGGCGCAGCCAGUGGUCUGAGCAGGAGGCGGCGGGGGCGGCGGCGCAGGAGGAGCAGGACGAGGCGGCGGGGGAGCGGGCCCAGGCGCUGCUGGGUGCGGGGCUCUGGGAGGAGAGCGCCUUCCUCACCGCUCGCAAGGUCGACGCCCGGACGCCGGCGCCCACCAAGACCGUUGCCGGCGGCGCGGCCGCCACCGGCGGCGGCAGCACGGGCCAGCGCCGCCGCGGCCGCCCUGCCAAGUCCGCCGCCGCGGCCUCCACCCCCGGCUCCGCCCUCGCCUGCGUCGCCUCCAUUGACGCCGUGACCCCUGGUUCGGCGCUGCUGGGGUCGGAGCCGCCGCCGCGGCGGGGCCGCGGCCGACCUAGCUGCAGGCAGGUGGAGGAGGAUGAGGACAGCCUUGGUGAGGACAUCGAGGACACGGAGGAUGAGGAAGAGGAAGACGAGGAGGAGGAGAAGGAGACGAGCGACAGUGAGAGUGAGGGCAGCGAUGUGGUGGUCAUGGAGGACUCCAGCGAGGAUGAGGAGCAGGAGGUGGCGGUGGCUGCGAAGAAGCGGCGGAAGGGCGUCAAGCAGGAGGAGGAGAAGGAGGAGAAGGAAGAGGAGAAGCGGCAGCGUGGCGGCAGCCGGCGUGGUUCUACAGCCAAGAAGGAGCUGGUGAAGCGACGCCGGCGUGAUAAGAAGCAGGAUGAGGAGGAGGCGGAGGCGGAGGAGGACACCGAGAAGGAAGACGAGGGGGAGGAGCAGGCUGGAGCGCCGGCCGCCAAGGGCACGCCACUGCCUGGUGGCGGCGGCGGCUUCGAUGCGGCGGCGGCGGUGGCGGCGCUGAUGGCGGACGUGCGCGCCGCACCCGCUGCCGGCGCCCCUGCCGACACCCGCCGCGCCCGCGGCCGGGCCUCCGCACCCACGGCGGCCCCCGCUCCCUCGCCGGCGCCGCUGCCCUCUCCUCUGGGCCUGGGCUUUGGCCUGGAGCUGGGUCUGGGCCUUGACGAUGACUUGCUGCUCGACCCCAAGGACCUCGGCAUGGCGGCCGCAGGCGACGUGGCGGCUGCUGCCGGUGCCGGUGCUGCUGGUGCUGGUGCCGGUGCUGCCGGUGCUGGUGCCCCUGUCGGUGCUGUUGGAGGUGGCGCGAAGGCCAUGAUGGUGGAUGAUGAGGGCGAGGAGGCGGAGGGCGAGCAGGGCGAGGAUUGGCUGCGUCGCUUCGCUGAUGCGGAGCGGCGCAAGUCCCAGGCCAGUGCCGGUGGCGGAGCUGGGGAGCAGCAGGAGGAGGAGCGGGCGGGGGCGAAGCCUGGCAAGCGCCGGGGCCGCCCAGCCAAGUCCACAGCAGCGGCGGCCGCGUCCAAGGAGGAUGAGGGUAAGGACGAGGAGGAGCAGGCGGAGGAGCAGGUGCGGACCAGCCGCUCUGGCAGGAGGCUGCGUCCCUCCGCCGUGCUUGCCGCCACAGAGUAUGUUGCCGGCAGCGACAGUGACGGCGAGGGUGGUGGUGGCGCCUUGCGCCGCAGUAACCGCCGUUCUGCCGCGGCGGCGGCGGCUGACUCCGACGCUGAUGCCGACGCCACCCCUGGCGGGGACGAGGGCGGCGAAGGCGAGGGCGCCAAGGGCAUAGCUAAGUGGGGCUCGACCUGCCUGCGCCGCAGCAGCCGGGCGCGGCGGCCCCGCUCAUCCGUCACGUGGGCUGACCAAUUCGUGACCGAGUUCAACUCGGACGGCGACGGCGACGGUGGGGAUGGGGAUGAUGGCAAGGCCCGUGAUGCCAAGAAGGAGCGCCGGGCUGCUGCCGCUGCGGCAGCGGCUGCGCGAGAUGAGGCCGAGGAGGAGGAUGGCGAUGAUGGGCUGCAGCAGCAGCGGGAGGAGCAGCCGGAGGCGGGGGCCGAGGAGCGGGGCGUCGCCGCUGCUACGGCGGUAGCCGCGGCGGCGGCCCGGCCUGCCAGCAGCUCCGACACCGUGGGCAGCGACAUCAGCGAUGUGGAUGACGAGGGGGAGACGGGCGGUGCUGGCAGCGGGCAGGCCACGGGCGGUGCCGGCGCAGACAAGGCGGCUGCGGCAGGCAAGCAGUCCGCCACAGCGGCCGCCAAGGCCGCCACGGCGGGGGCUGGCGCCUUGGGCGCAGCCGCGCGGCCCUCGGGCCGCAGCGAUAAGAGCCGGCGGGGGCUGUGGGAGGAGGACGACUCGGAUGCUGAAGCCGAUGAGGGCGGCGGUAACGACGACGAUGGCGACGACGACAGCGAUGCACCGCUGGCGGCGGCCGCGGCCAAGAAAGCUGCGGCGGUGCGGGAGGCGGGCCGAGGCGGUGGGCGAAAGCCGUCGUCUGCCGCCGCACUGGCGCCGAAAGGCGGUGUGGAGAAAAGGCGCGGCGGCAAGGGCAAGGGCGAGGAGAAGGAGGAGCGGAGGAGGAGCAAGAAGGGCCGCGAGCAGCAGGAAGAGGAGGAGGAUGACGAGGACGAGGACGCGGAGCGGCCGGCGAGGAAGCAGAAGGAGCGCAGCCGGCGGCGGAAGAGCAAGGGCAAGGGCCGCAGCGGCGGUGCUGCUGGUGGCGGUGGUGGCAGCGGCCGGCGGCGCAGUGGCUAUGACAGCUCAGAAGUGGAGGAGACGGAGGAGGAGGAGGUGGCCAUGUCGGCGUCUGACUCGGAUGACAACCUGGUUCUGCGCCGCCGCCCCUCCACCGCGGCUGCUACUGCCGCAACGCCCGUCGCUGCUGCCGCUGCUACUGCCGCGCCUGCCGUCGCCGCUGCUGUAGCUGCGGCGGCUGCGGUGGCGGCGGAGGACAGCGAUGAUGACGAUGUGCCGCUGCUGCGGCGCCCGGGGGCUACGCCGGCAGCAACCACAGUUGCUGCCGCCGGCGCUGCGGCAGUUGCUGCCGCGGCGCCUGUCACGGCGCCAGUCUCCGCUGCGGCUGCUAGCCGUUCGGCUGCGGCUGCAGCCGCCAGCAGCGAUGGCGGCGGCUCUGCAGACGAGCGGGAUGAGGCCGCAAUGGUGGAGGAGGACGCGGCUGUGGCGGAGGCGCCGCGGCGCGAGCGGCAGUCCGCGCCUGCCGGCGAGACGGAGGCACAGCGGCGCAAGCGAGACAAGGCCGAGCGAAAGGCCGAGCGAAAGUUGAAGCGCGCGGCGAAGGAGGAGCGGCGGCAGCUGCGACUGGAGCCGGCGGCAGCGGUAGAGCGGGCGGCAGCGGCGGUGGCGACUGCUGACGGUGCUGCAGCUGAAGACGCUGAGGACCAGGAGGACCGGCGGCUGGAGGAGGCCAUGCCUGAUGCUGCGGCAGCUGCGGCGCAAGGCGCGCAUGACGGCGCUCCCACACAACCAGCCGGCACCUCCUCAAACCUGCCGCCUACCGCGGUGGCGGAGGAGCAGCCCGCCGCGGGCAUGCCAGCGCAUGCAGGGCAGGUGGCGGCGGCACCCGUGGUGACGGCGGCGGCACCCGUGGUGGCACCGGUGGCGGCGCCUGCAGCUGCAUUGACGCCGCCCGGUACCGUCGCGACGGCCUCCGCCGCUGCAGCUGCCGCUGCGGCGACGCCGCGGGUGCUGACCACGGGUGCCAAGCGCACCGCGGCACAGGCGGAGCUGGGCACCGCGGCGGGCGCAGCUGCGGAGGAGCCUGCUGCCACUGGCGCCGGAGCUGAAGCCGGCAUCACACCAGCACUGCAAGCUAGUUCCGCGGCGGCGGCGGCCGGGGCAGGUGCGGCGUCUGCACACGCAGCCAGUGCUGCCGCGGCGGCGCCGUCAGCGCUCAAAGCGCGGCGGCUGUCUGGGCCCCUGGCGCAGGCAGCGGCGACCCCCACGCAGCAGCAGCAGCCGCAGCAGCAGCCCCCUCGGCAACAGCCCCCUCAGCAGCUCCAGCAGCAACCACCGACUGCGCAGGCACUGGUUGCCGCCACGGAGGCUGCUGCUGCUCAGCCCUCCCCGCUGCUGCCACCGCCGUCAGCCCAUAGGCAGCAGCAGCAGCAGCAGCAGGCAACGCCUGGGCCAUCGGAGGCGGUGGCGGAGGUGGCGGCUCUGCGGGAGCGGCUGGCGGAGGCGGAGCGGCGGCACGCGGACCAGAUGGCCCUGGUGCGGGAGGACCUGUCGCGUCAGCUGAAGGAGCGAAUCGUCAAGACCAAGGAGCUGGUGGAAGCGAAGGCCGCCCGGCGCGCCACCGAGCUGCAGGCCGAGCUGGCGGCGGCGCAACAGGCCGCACGGGCCGCAGAGGCGCAGAAGGAGCAGGUGGCGGCGGAGGCGCGGCGGCAGCAGGCCGCGGCAGAGGCAGAAGCGCGCGCCGCUGCCGCGGCGGCAGCGGAGGCGGCGGCUGCCGCCGCGGAGGCCCGUGCAGCCAAGGCUGCGGAGCAGGCUGAGGCGGCGGCGCGCCGGGAGUUGGAGGGGGAGCUUGCCAAGAGCCGGGCUGCUGCGGCGGCGGCGGAGGCGGCGAGAGCGGCCAUGCAGGCUGAGCUGGAGGCGCUAAAGGCAGAGGUGGCCCGGGUGCAACAGCAGGCACAGGCGCAGCGGGUGGGAUCCGGCUCUCCGCCGGUGUCGCCCCACCAGCACAAGGCCAACACGGCAACGGAUGCAGCAGCUGUGACCGCGGGUGCGACGGUGGGGGCGGCUGCCAAGUUGUUGGCGGCCGCCGGCAGCGCCGCCCCCACCCGCGACUCCAUCCUGGCUGCCAUCAGCGCCGCCGGUGGCGUCGGCGUCACCGCGCCCGAGCUGGUUCGUCACUUUGAGGGCGGCAGUAGCAAGGCCGGCAGCGGCAGCAGUAGCACUGGGGGCGGUGGCGGCGGCGGGCUGCUGCGGGGGCGGGUGGCGGCGGUGCUUCAGGAGCUGGUGGACGAAUUCGAGGUGAUGCGCGAGGGCGCUGGCGCGGCCAGCAGCUGUGUGGAUGUGGGCUGUGCCGCCACACGCUACCUACCGCUGUGAGCCUGCGUGCCGACUAUGUUUGGUGGUUGGUAGGUGGCAGGUGUGCGCCAUAUGUGGCCACGUCGGUUUGUAUGGUACCGUAGUGGCUGCGUGAGUAUGGUAGCCGUGUUUCGGACAAGCGUUGUUUGUUGAUUGUUAGGAGCAGGCAAGUUGCACGUAACCUUGGGCAAUGUGCAGUGGUACUUAAGUACUCCGUGGUUGAUAUACUCGCAUGUAGAAUAAUGGAUGGCACGCACUGUGCUGUCAUCAGAAGAUAGACGAGCAUCAGUUAACGCAUAGAGGCUUGGUGCAGUUCCUGGCCAGUUCCCAUGAACAGUAGUAGUACUGAUGGCGCUAUGGUGUGUUGUAGCAGUGCCUGUGCGCCACAGCGUACCAUACCGUUGAGCCAUAGUUUUACAGGAUACGGUAGUGCAUACUGGUAACUAGCAUGUGGGCCUGCUUGGCAGGAACCGCACAAGUUGUGUGUAGCUGGUGGUGUUCAGUGUGGCGAUGACGUGACGAUUACAGGAAUAGUGGAGCUCUUGAAGGGCCCGUGUACAUUAUCCCACGGUUUGAUGAAGUGUGCUUGUAACCUAGUAGGAAU